CCGGAAGUGCAGUGGAGUCAGUAGGAUAUGGCAGGUCUAGAAGAGGCUGAAUGUCAACUGUCAGAGAUUGAGCUGCUUACCAGUAUGUUUCCUGGUCAGGAAGAGCUGGUCAUGGUGGACCAGUUGGCUCUUGCAGAACUCAGGGAAUAUGUGGAAGGAACCUCUCAGUACCCUCCAUCAUCAAGGCCUGAAUUCAUCAUACAUCAGAAAGUGGGAGCGGUGCCUUUUGCAAUUUCUUGUACGUAUGUACCAAGUUACCCCAAAGUUUUGCCAGAAAUUGUUGUCAGAUGUACAAAGCUGACCCGAGCUCAACUCGCAGAGCUUCAUAAAGAUCUGAUUACACACCUAGGCGAAACUUGCCAGGGUGAGAUGUGUGUGUUAACUGCUUUGGAGUGGGUCCGAGACAAUGCUCAACGAUACAUCUCUCAGAGUCCCUCAUCUGCCACCAUCCCAGAGGACCAGGCCCCGGGGCCACCAAGGGUGGUUUUUACCAGGCUCUGGAUCUACAGCCAUCACAUUUACAACAAGAAUAAAAGGAAGAAUAUUCUGGAAUGGGCCAAGGAACUUGGCUUGUCUGGGUUCAGCAUGCCUGGGAAGCCCGGUGUCGUGUGUGUCGAGGGACCUCAGCCAGCCUGUGAGGACUUCUGGGCCAGGGUUAAAUGUUUAACAUGGAAGAGGAUAAUGAUCCGGCACAGAGAAGAUGUGCUGCUAGACCCCCAGGAAUCCCUCAGCUCCAUGUGCCGGUUUACAGGCUUUGAGGAGGCAAUUUUUGACCCCCGAGGGAGCAGGGGUAAUCACAUGGACCUUGGGCAGCUGUACCAGUUCCUUAGUGAAAGGGGCUGUGGGGAUGUUUUCCAGCUGUACUUUGGGAUUGAAGGGCGAUGAUGGCAUUCAGUAGGUGCAUGGAGCGAAGUUGCAUUGCCCUGGGUCAGAAGUGUCGAAGGUGGUAGCAGGACACGUAACAGAGCAUUGGAUUAGCAGAUUGAACGGAAGAAAAUGGAUGGAAAGGCACCAUUUGGUCAGCCCCAGGAGUUUUUCCUAAAGGCUCCAAUUCAGAAUGUAAUUCUGGGUUGUCAUAUCAAAUUCAAAAUGCAGAAUUAAUUUGAUCACUUCCCAAAUCAGUACAACUUUUGCAGUUUCUAACUUUUUUCUAUGGAAAGUGCCUUUUUUUGGAAAAUAAACAUGUAUACCAGAUUAAUGUUUCUUUCUUGUAUGAGUAAUACUAUGAAA